CACCAUCAAAGGACACUCAUCAAACAAUCACCAUCAAUCAACGACGAUAAACAACUAUCGGGAUGUUUAAUUUGAAUUCCUCUCACCAUCAUCAUCAUCACCAUCACCAUCAAUCUAGAGUUCAAACACCAAUCAUUAAAUCAAUCUUCACAUUCUAUUUACUUUCAUCUAUCAUUUAUACUUCAACAAUCUAUCUUAUCUUACCAACAAUCUCAUUCAUAUCAGAUUUGGAACCCAUCACCAUCAUUAAUUCUUUCAUUAUUUCAAAUCAAACUCAGUCUACAGAAAACCAACACCUUCAUUCUACAUUACAAAUCACACCACGUCUCUUACCAGAUCGAGCUCAUUUCUUACCACCAUCUGAUGUACAAAUUAGAAAAACUUUAAAAGGUACAGCUGUUAAUACAGAUGAAGUAGUAGCAGAAGAUCAAUCUUCACUCUGGACUUCAAGUAAAUCAACAUCAUCAAUCAGCUCACAAAGAAAUCCAAGUUCUAAACCCAAUCAUUUUCCAACCCGUAAACCUUUAUCAAAUCAAGAAUCCAAGAAUUUAAUUCAAUGGUUUCCACCACAUCAUCCAUUAUCCAAAACUUUAAAUUCCAAUCAUUUAUUUCCAUCUGCUGUUAGAUUAGAUGUUCAAACCAAUGAUGAAGAUUUUUUUCUUUCGAAAGCUUUUUCUGACGCGCUUGGACCUUCAAAAGUAGUACCUUAUUAUUAUAGAGCUAUCGGACCUCAUUCGGAUGGUGAAUUUGAUCAGAAGGACAUCACGAUUACUACUCUUGUUACUAGCAAUCGGUUUAAGGUCUUUGCUAAAUUGGUAGAACAUUAUCAAGGUCCCAUCUCAGCUACGAUUCACGUGUCUAACGUUCCCGAAACACUCGAACCAUUACUUGCUAGUCUUGAAACCAUGUAUCGCAGCUCACCAGCCAUGUCAACUUGGGUAGAUAUCCAUCUGGUAGUCGAUUCAUUCGAUCGCCAAUUCAACAUGUGGAGAAACGUAGCGAAAUGGUUCUCGAGAACCUCCUAUGUAAUGAUGUUAGACGUAGAUUUUUGGAUCUGUACAGAUUUCCGAACCCGAGUACUAUCGAAUCCAUAUUAUUUAUCAUUACUAGAAUCAGGUCAAGCAGCCUUAGUGAUCCCAGCCUUUGAGUUUACAAAACAAGCAGACGGAGUGAAUCCAACCCAAUUCCCAAAUCAAAAAUCUACAUUGAAAGGUUUAUUUCAAGAUGGAAAGAUUGAUAUGUUUCAUAAAUCUUGGAUUCCUGGUCAUGGUCCAACUGAUUAUAAACAAUAUUUCCAAACUGAUCAAUCUUAUCAAGUCAUAAGUUAUACUCAUAGUUAUGAACCUUAUGUGAUUUAUAAAAAAGAUGGUACACCUUUUUGUGAUGAAAGGUUUAUUGGUUAUGGAGGAAACAAAGCCGCUUGUUUGUUUGAAUUAUAUCUUUCAGGUGUAACGUUUCAUGUAUUACCAGAAGAUUUUUUAAUUCAUCAAUCACAUCCAUAUGCAGAACAAACAAGACAACACGAAAGAAAAUUUAAUCGAAAACUUUAUACGGAUUUUAGAGAAGAAGUUUGUUUUAGAAAACUUUAUCAAUUUCUUGAAUUAGAUAAAUCUAAAAUGAUGAAAAACUUAUUGAACGAAUGUAAGAAGAUCAAGGGGUUUUCAAAAGCUGUGGAUAGGUUAAUGAUUCACACUUGAUCUUCUAAUCGGCCUUAUCUAAAUAUCUUCUCGAACUGGAAUACAACUAGAUUUAUUUAUUUUAUUUCUUUUUUUCCCACUGAAACUCUUUAAAUUAUAAUCAUUUCGGAACACAAAGGACACUGGAAAGUUGAAUCAAUUUAGUUUUCUUUUAUAAUCUUUCUUAUAUUUUUAUUCUUUAAAACUUAUUGUAUCUGUUAUGAAGUUGUAUCGAAUUGGAUGUAUUUUUUUUUUGGCUGUAUCUCUUUAUUAUCAUUUUUGUUGUUUGAUUAAUGCAUAAAGAAAUUUAAGUUAUUAUUUACAGCCGUUCC